GCCGGAGCCGAAACAAAUCGAGCAGACAGGGUCGUAAACAGCCGAAGGUCGUUUUUUCUUUUUUUUAAAGGCUAGCGCGGCGGGCUAGCUCCCAAGCUAACUUAGCUCUGCUAACGGCAGCAGCGGCGCAAACUACAGCGCCGAAGACUCGGGGGACAGAGAUGGCAGUGUGUGCACUGACCAUGUUGGAUGGGAUGGAGGAUGAGGUGACAGCAGCAGGUGGUGUGUUGCUCUUGGCUCUGGCCCUCGUCUUGGCUUGGCUCUCGACCCACGUGGCCGACCGAGGAGACCACAUUCUGGGCACGAUCCUCACUGUGGGCGCUCACGCCUCUCUGAUCGGACUCGGGGGCCACGACAGCUACAGCGCGGGGACUCCCAGCUCCGACACCCCUGAACAGCAGACUCCUCCACCUUCGCAGGAGAACAAGCCGGAUGACGGCGAGCCGGGGACUGAGAGAGCAGAGGGCGAGGGGACGGGGGACGGGGCCGAGGGGGUCAGGACGGAUCUCCUGCUGGACAUUCAGAGCAAACAACCACAUGAGGGAAGACUGCACAACUCAGAUGAGGAAGAGGAUGAAGUUGAUGAUGAUGAUGAUGAUGACGGGGAGGAAGAUGAGGAGGAGGAGCUGCAGGAGAAAGAUAAAAGGACCAUAAAGCAUAUUCCACUGUUGUCCACCGCCAUCUUGCCCGCCACUACCACCAGCAUCUCUGUCCGUCUGAAGUUUUUAAAUGACACGGAGGAGGUAGCUGUUGUUGAACCACAGGAUACAGUGGGAGGACUGAAAAGUAAAUACUUCUCAGGUCGGGAGCAUCGAAUUAAACUUAUCUACCAAGGCCAGUUGCUGCAGGAUCCCAAGAGGACUCUGUUGUCCCUAAACAUCGCGCACAACAGCGUGAUCCAUUGCCACAUCUCCCAGGCCCUGCACGAGCCCGCUGCAGAGGAAGGGGCUCAGUCUGGGGCAGGAGUCGGGUCUGCAGUCUCUGGGGAAGUCAGAGCUGCCGGCGUGGCCAUCAGCACCAGCAGUCUGGUGGUGCCUGUGUUCGUGGUGAUCCUGGCCGUGGUGUGGUACUUCCGCAUCAACUACAGGCAGUUUUUCACCGCCCCCGCGACCAUCUCCCUGGUGGGAGUCACUGUGUUCUUCAGCUUUCUGAUAUUUGGGAUGCACCGCCGCUGAGGGAGGGAGGGAGGGAGAGACGGCGCACACGCCAACAGCUCAAUUUUGCAAGGUUAAGUAAAAGUGGGGACUGCGGUGGGUGGCGUUCGCAGACUCUGAUGAAUCAGACGCCACAGCUUAUUGGAUUCCUGCAGAGUGCUUGUGUGUGUGUGAGAGAGAGAGAGAGAGAGAGGGUGUGUGGGUGGUAAAGUAAGCCUGUUUGUGUACCACGUUUAAAAAACAAACAAACUGAGUGACUGUACAGCAUACGUGGGGUAAAUAAUCAUCUGCAGUGAGGGAAGUCCAGCUAAAAGCGGUGACUUUGUGGUUCUGUUCCGACGCUCUCUCUCGCCUGCUCUUUUAUUGUUGCUAAAGAUAACUUCCUGUGCGUCAGUUUUUGAGGCCAUUGUUUCUGUGUUCAAGAAAAAAAAACAACAAAAUUAACCGAUAGAUGUGGGAAUGUAAUAUCUUUUGGAGCCACUCACUAUUGUGCCAGUUUAACUCCAACAUUAUUUUGUGUUAUUUGACUGAUCCGAGGUCUGUUUGAGCCAACGCGGACUGUACAGCUCGCCUCAUUUCUAGACUGAAAAUUUCAGCAUAUUUUUGUUCCAGCUGUUGCUAUGGAGAAUUAGGCUAAUUUAAAUAAUCACUAGACAUUAAAAUAGACACUUUUUUGUGGAGGUAUUGUAAAUAUAUUGUGCAUUUUCUGUAAAUAAAAAUGAUAAACUGAAUCAGGUGAACCUGCACCUGGCACUUAAAGAUUUGGAGGGGGGGCACAAACCCUCCUGAUUAUGCCGGACUGCUCUGGCUUCAGUGGUGACUCAAAUUAAAGCAUUUCAAACCAAACCUGUUUCAGCAUCCGUUUGUAGUCUUAAAAACAACAACAAAAAAAAAAAGAAGUGAGCCUCUGGGUGGGGUUUGUGUUUAUUUCUAUACAAACACCAGUACGCAUGGCAGUGAAGAAAAAUAUAUCACAACGCGUUCAUGUACGACGGUCAUUCGCACAUGCCCGGAUUUGUGCUUGUGCAUGAAAACAAAAAAAUAGCUGGAAACCCACAACGUUGCAUUCUUUGUUAUUGCACCCGUACUGCACACA